AUAAGAAAAUAAUUAUAAAAACAAGAAAUAAAAUCAAACCGGUAAUAAAUUUUUAUUGGUUUGACAAAUUUAAUUCUUUUCAUAACUAAAAAAAAAGAAAAAAGAAAAAAGAAAAAAGCUUGGCUCAAAUUAAUUACUAAAAAUAGCCAACUCCUCCACUCCAUUGGAGCUGUCCUUUUACUUGUUUGCGGUAAUUUCCUCCCCGCGUCUCUUUCCCCUCCAUGGCGCAAUGCACUGCCCUCUCCCUCGUCUUUUCUCGCCCAUUCACCGCCACCUUUUCCUUCUCCUUGCCGCUCCGGAUCCCUCCGCCCCCCUCCCAUGGCGGAGCAGGCGGCGCCUCUCGAGCCCUGCAGGCCGCUUCCGCCCCCGCCCUGCGCCGACCACGAAACCUACGUCGUCCAAGUGCCCAAGGACCAAAUCUACCGCGUCCCCCCGCCCGAGAACGCCGCCCUCGCCGACCACUACCGCAACCAGAUCAAGCUCCGCCGCCAGAACCGCUGCCCCUGCUUCCACGUCCUCAGACGCCUCCUCCUCCCCGUCUUCCUCCCCCUCCUCCUCCUCACCGUCGCCGCCAUCAUCUUCUUCGCCUGCGUCAGACCCACCGCCCCCACCUUCUCCGUCGAGUCCCUCACCGUCAAGAAAACCUCAAAAUCAACAACAGAGUACGACUUCUCAGUGAGAGUCCUCAAUCCAAGUAACAGAGUCGGCUUGUCCUACGCCGCCGGCGGCCAUGCCGUCGCUUCCCACCACGGCGGCGGAGAGUUCGCCACCGGGUCGACGCUGGGGUUCUUCCAACCUCAGGGGAGCACGACCGACCUCAAAUUGGUCCUUCGCUCCGGCAAAAGCCUGAAAGCGACCAGUAAAGCUCUUUGGAUCAAGCUAACGGCCAAAUUUUCGGUGAACACGAAGAUCGGCGUGUUGCAGUUGUGGCGCAUGAGCUUGGACGUGAGCUGUGACAUGAAAGUUACAGGGAUUGAUAAGAAGGCACGUAUCUCCUCGCAGGAUUGUAACAGCAAGCUCCAUUCCUGAGGAAGGAAUUAAGAUCGAAAUUAAAAGAAGAAGAA